UGACAUGUGACUGACAAGAAUAACAUCCAGAGCGAAAAGACGAACUUUAUAGAAUACUUGAAACAAAAUAACCCAAUAUCCUAAUUAUUUCAAAGGAAAAAAGAUUAUGUACUAUAUAAGAAAUUUGGUCUUGUCUUUAUAAUAAACAAACAGACGCUAUAUUUCAUUCACCAUGUUGGAAAUUGUAAACGGAUUUCUUCUAAUAUAUUUCGUUAUUCUAUGCACUUUAAGUGCUAUAGUUCCAAUUUUAGUGAAACCGAUAGCAGCUUGCUUUUCGAGACCGUCUAGCGAGGAACGUGUAAUUCUAAACGAUUUAAAGAAACUCAAAGCAGAACAACAAAGUUUAUCAAUGAAAGAUGAAUUUGCUGCGUACUCGAAACUGCAGCGAAAAAUAAAUAAACUCGAUGUCGAAUUAAAAGAGAACUCACAAUCGCGAUUAAGCAAGAGUUUGGCUAUAAAGGGAUCAAUCAACAUCAUUCUCCAAGUGGUGAUAGCACUAGUUAUAAUUGUAUCAGUAAUUUGGUUUAGACGUGAACCAAUUGUGACCUUGGAUGGGGAUCUUUUUCCUCUCACUACAAUGCUUAGAUAUCCCAGCGAUAUCCCAAAUGCAAUCUCAACUCAUGUAUGGGUUUUAAUUUCAAAUGUGUCAAUUAGAUCAUUACUUAAACCAAUUUUAUCAUGAUAAUACUAUUGAAUAAAUAAAAAUAUGUGUUGACUUUG